AUGAGCGGACGCGGAGGAUUCUCAAGAGGCGGCGGUGACAGAGGACGCGGCGGAGGAGGUUUCAGGGGCGGAGGAGGAGGGAGAGGUGGUGGACGUGGGGGUUACGGCCAGAGGGACUUCGGACCGCCUGAUACUGUGCUCGAAGUAGGAUCCUUCAUCCACCCUGUCGAAUCAGAGAUGCUCUGCUCCCUUACCAUGCCCACCAAAGUCCCCUAUUUCAACGCCCCUAUCUACCUGUCGAACAAGACACAAAUCGGCAAGGUCGAUGAAAUAUUGGGUCCCAUCAACGAGGUCUUCUUCACUGUCAAGAUGGAGCAGGGUAUGCUGGCUAGCAGCUUCAAGAAGGAGGAUAAGGUGUUCAUUGGAGGGGACAAGCUGUUGCCAAUUGAGCGGUUCUUGCCCAAGCCAAAAGUACCCGGGCAGGAUGGAAAGAGUGACGCUGGCGCAGCGGGUGCGGGCGGACGAGGGGGUAUGCGCGGCCGCGGAGCACCCCGAGGCAGAGGCGCACCUCGCGGUGGAGGAGGUCGGGGUGGAUUCGGUGGUGACCGAGGAGGCAGGGGCGGAUCGAGGGGCGGAUUCGGUGGGGACCGCGGAGGAAGAGGGUUCUCGAGGGGCGGAGGAGGUGGUGACCGGGGCGGGCGGGGGGGAUUCUCAAGUAGGGGUCGGGGCGGUUACUAG